AUGGCGUCCUCCACCAUCAUCUUCCCGCCCCAGAACUCCGAGGCCCAGGCCCGCUCAACCAUCUUCCCUCCCCAGAAACCCAAGGCCGCUUCUCAGGCCCCUUCUCUCCCUCAUUUCAGCAACGUCAACAAAGCCAUGAACAGCUCCCAGCAGCCGACCUCGAUACCAAUUCCGGUGUCUGCUCCAGCACCACCCAAGACCAGCAGCUCCCCCUCAACGAACCAACCCCAACACACAACCGGAAGCCACACCUCCUACCGCCGCCUGUCCGACGCCGAGUGGGUGCAGUUCUGCCACGGAAUCGGCGUCCUCAAGGACGACGAGAGCAAGGAGGUGAUCCGGCCCACCAGCGUCGUCUGGCCGCCCAAGGGCUUCAAGGACGGCCUGUUCCAGGACGUGCUCUUCGAGAAGUCCAAGUUCACCUACUGGUUCCACAUGCUCAGCACCGUCCGCUGGGUCAUGAUGCUGCUCCAGCUAGCCCUGAGUGCCGUGCUGACGGCCCUGGGCUCGGUGUCGAGGAAGGAUGGGACUGCGAUCACCGUAAUAGCCGCCAUCAACACGGGCGUAGCCGGCGUCCUGGCCAUGCUGCACAACAGCGGGCUGCCGGACCGGUACCGGUCGGACCGCAACGAGUACUACAAGAUCGAGGAGCACAUGAAGGAGAUCAUCGACACGGGCCUCGUGCCACAGGACCAGAGCACCAACGACGUCAUCGCCGGCUGUUUCGACAUGUUCCAGGCCGCCAAGCAGACGGUCCAGAGUAAUGUUCCGGCUUCGUACACCCCAUCUGCGAACGUGACCAACACCACCAUGAAGACGACUAUUCUGAAGAAGUAG